CACCACUGUAGCCACUGGAAGGAGAUGCCAUGACCAUUGCCUUCAUAGCCCUGUUCUAUCUUGUGCUGACCCUGUUCUCCAUGACCCAUGUACCAGUAGAAGCUAUUGGCAAGCCCACACUCAGAGCUCAACCAGGCUCUGUGAUGACCAGGGGCAUGCAAGUGACCAUCUCAUGUGAGGGGACCUCAAAUGCCCAGGAAUACUAUCUCGAUAAAGAGGGCGGUCCAGAUCCCUGGCAAAGACAGACCCCUCUGGAGCCUACAAAUAAGGCCAAGUUCUUCUUCCCAUCUAUUCAAGAGAACCAUGCAGGGAGAUAUCGCUGUUACUAUAGGACCCAUGUUGGCUGGUCAGAGCGCAGUGACUUUCUAGACUUGAUGGUGACAGGACUCUACACAAAACCCAGUCUGUCAGCCCUGCCCAGCCCAGCGAUGAGAUUAGGAGGGAAUGUGACCCUCCAGUGUGCCUCAAAGCUUGGGUAUGAUGGGUUUGCUCUGACUAAGGAGGAACCACAGAAGUUCUCUUGGACCCUAGACUCACAGUACAUAUACUCUAAUGGCAGUUUCCGGGCACUGUUCUCUGUGGGGCCUGUGACCUCCAGACAGCAGAGGACAUUCAGAUGCUAUGGCUAUUACCUGAGUAAACCCCAGGUGUGGUCAGAACCCAGUGAUCCUCUGGAGUUCCUGGUGUCAGGAGCACCUGAGACCACCAGACAACCACAAAACAUGUCAGAAGCCCUGACAGUCUCACCACCCCAGGAUCACACAGUACAGAACCUCAUCCGGAUGGGCAUGUCUGGCUUGAUCUUCAUACUUCUUGGGAUUUUGCUGUUUGAAGCUUGCCACAGCCAGAGAAGGACCUUGACUGCAUCCUAGAAGGGAAGAAGAGAGAUAGCAACAAGCCAUACAUGGUGUCUACAUCCGGGAAACAAA